ACGAUAAAUUGACAACAAUUUAAAUAAUUCACACAUUCAUUUGUAUAUAUCUAUAUACGAAUGUAUAUUAUAUGCAUUUUUAUACAUUAGCUUAUAAAUACCCUUAUUGUAAUAUAUGUUAUAGUUUUCGACGUAUUUUUGCGGAAUCUACAGCGAUAUGCCCUCGAGACACUCCGGGAAUGUUGGGGUAAUUUAAUGUACCCGAGUUUAUAGCUCAAUUGGAGCUGGUGUCUGGAAAUUAAAUCCGGUGGUCAUCGACAAGCCCUGAAACUAUUGUCCAGUGAAUUUAUGGUGGGACAGUUUGCACCUAUUAGGGAAAGUCAUUGUCCGCGUUCUGUGAUGUGAUUCUCAUUGGCUGUGGAACAAAUUGGACAGUGUUCGCAAAUUACACUCACGUCCAAGUCGCCUCGCUCGUCGAUGGCGGUAUACCAAGGUUAAGAAAAGUGAUAGUUCUCCGGCCAUAAUUCGUGAAUUCCAAGACAUAAAAACGGAUUUAAUGGUAUGAUUUGACGACUGAAUAAUGACGGUGACAUGGUCACUACCUUGGACUAAUGCCAGAACACCUGACCAGUCCUGCUGAUGAUAGGUACUAGGGAUCCACAGGUUUGACCGCGAAUAGGUGUGCAUGUCUUCCGUUUCUACCCCAGAGCGUUGUGUCCAGAUGAGGGGGAGUGGGAUGGACUAGGAUGCCACACAUCUACAUUAGAGCAUUUAAUUGAUUUUAAAGGCAGUAUUAAACAGUGUUGGAGUGUAGAGACCUUCAGCAAACCUAUCUUUAACAGGUUUACUCAGACGACACCCGGUACAGCACAUGUACCGUCAGCCAAGCAUACAGCCAUUAUAGCCACUAUAAUAUAGAGCUGUAGAAUUUUCUACGGAAACGCUACUCAUUCUAAAUAAUGAUAUUUCGGAGAAGGUGAAUUACCUUUCUCGGGUAGUGGACAAGCUUUGAGUAAUAGAAGGUGACUUUCCCUAUCCCUGAGGUCGCCUGAUUCGAUAGGUGGUCGGACGUCGGCUGCCAGUCAAUCACCGAGGAAGGCGGCCCUUACCUAUCCGUUACGGCCCGGCUCGAACGGUCCCGAUGGGGAGAUACAGGGACGUACAGCAUAAUCAAAGUUGUAUAUAAAUUUCCAUGAUGUCAUCAGCAUCACUUUGGAAAGAAAAAAAAUACGAUAGUUGUGGUUUACCUAAACUAUUCACUACUAUAUUGGUGUUGAAAGCGUAUAUAUAUAUUUAGAGGAAGGCUCGGUGAAAGUGUCGGUACAACACGUGGUGUGUUCGGUGGAGAGAUAUACUAGCUAGUAUUUACGCUCCUCGUACCGAAACGUGUGUGUUUUGUUAAGUUCAAAAAGAAACAGAUAUGAUUUUAUCAAGAAAAUGUAUAACAGGGUUAUAUUCUCAUAUUAAGUCGAAAACUGAGAAAACGGGCAGCCAGAACAGUGUCUACAAUAAUUUGGCAAUUUAAAUGAGAGUUUUGAUUUUUUUAUUGAAUAACCGCCCAGUCAUAUCGGCGAGAGUGUUGGAUAAUUGUCAGUGAAAUAGUGCCAUUGACAUUGGAGGUUGAAUGAGGAUAGCGAAGUAGGAGGAGGAGGAGAGACCUAGUAUACACACAGCAGUAGGGGCAGUAACGGACUACCGGGACCGUCACACACACGGCGUGUAAUCAGUGAGAUAAUUACCCUGCUAAUUAUCACAACAAAUCAUCCGACACCCCUAUUGUCUACGAGUUGACAGGCCCUUGAUGUAAUAAUCACAGGCGAUCAGAAAGAUAGACCGAUUUGACCGGAACUGACUAGAAGUGGUCAAAGGAUUAACACCUUUGAGUUUAAUUAACACACCCGAGGCUCUGGACAAAGGUGUAAAAAACUUGGAUCUCUACGUCACUAAAGAUAAGAAUGACUUGACCAUUACGUCAGUAUCGCGAGUGACGGAUUCGGGGACGGAACUGACAGUAGGAUUACGACAUGUGAGGCCAUCACAGAACAUCAUCUUGGCUCGAGGAAAUAAGGGAUAUAAAAUGCGAGAACUUUUAUUUAUUAUUUUAGUUUUAACCGCAGCUUUUCAUUUCGGGCAAGGCAAGAAAACAAAGUUAAAGGGAACGAAGUGGUGGACUUUGGCUAAUAUUGGUCAGCCAUCCAACGACCUGCACUCCAAUACCCAGUUAUAUAACAGUCCUAGCUUGCUGCCCCUCACCAAACGACAACGCAGGCUCGUCACCAAGAACCCGGGCACCAUUUUGGCCCUAAUGGCAGGUGCCCGGAUGGCAAUAGAAGAAUGCAAAUAUCAGUUUCGGAAUAGACGAUGGAACUGUCCUACUAUGGAUGUCGGAAACGGCGGACCGAUCUUUGGUAAAAUCCUCCAGAGAGGUUGCCGAGAAACAUCUUUUAUAUAUGCUAUAACAAGUGCUGCUGUGACUCACUCUAUAGCGCGUGCAUGUUCGGAGGGAAGUGUUUAUACGUGCACAUGUGACUAUCAACUAAAAAAGCCGCGUGGCACUAAGAACUGGGAAUGGGGAGGGUGUAGUGACAAUGCCAACUUCGGACACAAAUUCUCAAGAAAGUUUGUUGACGUUUUGGAAAAAGGACGUGACUUUCGAUAUAUGAUGAAUCUUCAUAACAACGAAGCCGGGAGAGUGCACGUGUCGAAGAACAUGGAGCUGGAAUGCAAGUGUCAUGGUAUGUCUGGUAGUUGUACGAUAAAAACCUGCUGGAUGAGGCUACCUACCUUCCGUAAAGUCGGCUUACUUCUCAAGGACAGAUUCGAUGGUGCUUCAAAGGUCGUCUCCGGUAAUGCCGGAAGUGCCGAUAACUCAGCAAACAACGGUGGUGGCAGGAAAAAGAGGAGACGGAGAUUUAAGUUUGUCCCGACGAAUCCCAACCUUAAAAAGCCCGGAAGAAGGGACCUCGUUUACUUCGAGCAAUCUCCCACCUUUUGUGACCGAGAUGACAGUAUAGGAUUUCCGGGGACGAAGGGACGCGAGUGUAACGCGACCUCUAUCGGUAUAGAUGGGUGUGACCUGAUGUGUUGUGGUAGGGGGUUUAAUUCGGAGAGUUACACUGUUCGUGAACGAUGUAGCUGUAUUUUUCAAUGGUGUUGCCAUGUAAAAUGUGAAACAUGCACACGGACAAAAAUCAGACACACAUGUCUGUAACACACAUAUAAACCGUGGAUCAGACACACGCCUGUAACACACAUGGACACAUGUAUCAGACACACCUGUCUUUAACACACACGAAUACGUGCUUUGUUCGAAUGGGUGUGAAUAAGCAGUUAUAUUUUUGACAGAAGGUGGUCAGACGGAUGUUGUAAAAAAUAGCCAACACUGCAACGUUUACCGCUUGUGGUGACUUAACAGCAACAUGGUGUGUAAAUAGGGCCGUGUUAAACGGCUUUAUAGCAGUGGUUCAACGCCAGUCUCCAGGAAUAUGCAUUUAAUGAUGGAAUAUUUCGAUAAUAAAUACCAACUUUUGCGACAGAAUGUAAGCAUCUUUGGAUAAAACGGUUUGCUUUUUUACUUUGAUACUUAUCAAAAUGAGAUCGCUGUAAGGCGGACCCAGACUCGACUACAUCGACCGUGGAAUUUUACUUUGGUACAGCAGGCGGGUUUGUGUCUGGAUUCCUCAGACCGACAUACAAAGGAAUCAGCGUAUGGCGUUUUCUUGUGUUUGUACAUCUCGCCCUAUUUACUAAACAACUCACUGGACGAAAUGGGAAAUAACUCAUGACAACCUCGAUAUAGUCUUAGAUAUAUAAAUGUAAAAGAGGUUGACUUAUUAUUAUGUACUUUUAAAGAAUUUACGGGAUGACAUUUUUAAAUGAAUCAUUGAUGAUUCGCGAGUGCUUCCGUAUAGACCGGAAUAACAUGUGACGUGGUCGUAUCACGUGAUAAACGUUGAUAUUUGUGCACUGGUAUAAACUUAUAAUGUAACAUUUGGAGAAUACAUAUAUUGACUAUUACUUAUUUGACAAUACACUGAUAGUUCUACAGCCUAACUUAUGUCUGUAAGCAUAAUGAUAAAUUAUUUUUCGAUUUACAUAUUUCUUGUCUGGUGACGAAAUUCUCUGUAUUUGUCAAAAAACAGUUAUUGUUGGAAUACUAGUGCUAAGUGCGCAUGCGUACUAUUGAUGCAACACAUUUUAGAUUGAAGACAAUUGUACAGUGUUAUCGUUUCCGGUCAAGCUGUGCACUGUAAUUGAUCACCUCUGCACGUUCAUUGUACAUGCAGACACGCGCACUUUAUAUUUAUUCCCGCUUCUUGUUAUCGAUGUAUAUAUAUUUUUCAUCCACUUUUAUAUAAAUUUUGUUAUG